CGUCAUCUCCCGCUAAGGUAGUUAAAGUAGUUGAUCACCAAUACCAACUUCGCCAAUAUUACAUUUCGUACCCUUUUUCCCUCCAUUGCUCCACCCAUAUAUAUACGCACACAACCGAAACAACAUUUCCACAAAACCACAAAACCACAAAAAUAUAUAUAUAUUUCUCUAAACCCUAAACCCCAAAUGGAUAUCAAGAUUAUACCGUUCCUUACCCUCAUCUUCUUAUCGAUUUUGUAUUUCCCGGUAUCGGCUCAAAUCAGUACUCCAUGUUCGCCGACGAUGCUCUCUACCGUCACACCGUGCUUGAAUUUUCUCACCGGAAGUAGCGGAAUCGGUACGUCUCCGACCGCGGAUUGUUGCGGAGCACUUAGGACCUUAACCGGAAUCGGUAUGGACUGUUUGUGUCUGAUCGUGACCGCAAGUGUUCCUUUUAGUGUCCCGGUUAACCGAACGGUUGCAAUCUCUCUUCCUCGUGCUUGUAGCAUGCCCGGUGUCCCUGUUAAAUGCAAUGCUUCCGCAGCACCGCUUCCAGCUCCCGGCCCGGCUGCUCUCGGACCGAAAAUUUCUCCAACUCCUCCAGAAGGUAAAUUUCGCUAUAACACAAAGAAAUCUUACCAUUUAUUUUUCUUUUUAUCGCUCCACGGCGGAAGCCGCACGGCCCUUACGCCUCCUUCUGCCGCGUCUCCGCCGCCUUUGAACCCUAUGAAGCUGUCCCUCUUGCUCUUCGCUUUGGGCUUUGGAGUUCUCAAGUGCUUCUGAGGAAUCGCAUCGAUCUCUAUCUUAUAUUUGCGACAAUAUUCAAAAACUGAAGUAUUCAUUUAUUUUGGUGAAGACGUAUUUGUUAUUGCUGAAUAAUAAUAAUGUGUCCAGAUUCAUGUGUAGAUAUGUUUGGAUCCUAAUCAUGAAUAUCAUUUUCUGUUAUUCGGUA